AUGGUCUCACUUCGCAGCUUCCUCGCAACAGCUCUUCCUUCUCUCGCACUCACCCAAGAGAUUGCAUCUGCGAUUUCCAGAGACCCGACCGAAGCCAACCCCAUCUCACAAUCGACAUCUCUUCUCCAAAUCCGCGACACAAUCCCAGGCGACGAAACCUGCAAAGAAUCAUGCAGUAAAAAUCUCUCCCUCGCUUUCCUUUCACUAAACUCCAUGCACUAAUACCCCUCUUCCCAUCCAGCCAACGCAAUCACCACAGCACUCACCCUCGGACCCACCUACUGCACCUCCAACGACUUCAUCAACAUCCUCAACACCUGUCUGGCCUGCACCUACGAACCUCAGAAUGCCGAAAUCUGGACACUCUACGACAUUGUGGGGCUGGGAAAGCCCUGUGGAUUGAUUGCGCAGCCUGCUACGACUGCUUUGGGACAGCAAUGGACGACGGUGUCGAAGAUGCCGGAUGUGGGUGUUCCGACAGGGAGACCGGAGGGAGAGAUGGUUGUGGGGAGUGGAAGGAUUGCUGAGGUGACGGGGACGAGUGUUGCGAGUGCUGGGGAGACGGGAUCGGUCAGGAAGGGGCUGGCGAUUGUGGGAUUGGCGGUUGGUGCGAUGGUUCUGUGA